AGGAACAGAAAAGUACCUAUGACAUUUGAAUUUGAAAAGUGUUUCAUUAGGUUCUUAGAAAUGUUAGUUUAACACUAAAAUUUUUUAAUAAGUUAGUGAAAUCUAACGACUUUUAAAUGAAUUAAAAUUUCCUGUUCUGCUUUCAUCGCAUAUUCGUCAACAAACUCGAGAAGAGAAAACAUCAUAAUUUAAUGUUAGAUAAAAUUUUAGCGAUUUUAGCUUGUUGGUGCAACGAUUCUUCGGGCGGAUAUGUCGUCGUUUACCUGCUGCAUUCCCGGAUGUAGCAAUCGACACAUCGAGUGGACCACGCCGCUGCCGAGAGAUGAAUUGCUGCAAUCCCGGUGGCAUGAUGCCAUACGUGUCGGAACCGGCGGACUUUCUCCGAUGGAAGCCCGUAUCUGCAAUGCCCAUUUCGUCGACAGAGGAGGGCCUCCGGCGGAGGACGGGACCGGGGCAGGAUACCAGGAACCGACGCUGUUCUACCGCAACAACGUCCCCCUGCAAGUCAUCUGGUGUCGUUUGUGCCUCUGCCAUGACACCCUGGGCAGCAUGUUCAACGCCAACGGACGAUCCUCCAUCGCAAAUCAAUCCCUAUCCUGGAUGGCCAACAAACACUUCGGCGUAUGGUUGGAUCCCCCGAUGCCAUCGGAAGUUCAUUACUUUUGCGCAAAGUGCAAGGAACGACUCGAAGCGACGCACACCUUCGGGCUGGAAAUCCAACAGGCCGCCCAAAAGUAUCGCUUGCUGCGGGAAAAAAUGUCCUCCCAAAAUCUAUCACUAACUCCAAGUAAUCGAAGCACACCGUACCCGGUAGAAGCUUAUCCUGCCAUUGACAAUGGCUCACUUGAUGAUCUACCACAAAAACCUUAUUUCGUAGAAAUUCCGGCUGAUGCUCUUGCUCCUAAGAAACAAAACCCCGGCAAAACGUUUGCCGUCGUAGAGUUUGUUUCCAAAACGGCGGCCCUAAAGAUACUGGCCGUUCCAACCAGCUGGCUAAACGAUGACCGUCUACGGUGGCCAAAACUCAUGGACGGAGAAGCGAUCUACUCGCUGCGGAAGGAGGGUGCUGUCCUACACGAUGGCAUUGACACGGACAGCUAUCCGGUAAUUGUCCUUCAACAGUUCGGAGACUACCAUUCGGCAGAGGCAGCCGUUCAGGUCAUUCUCAGGCGGAGAAAUCCAGAACCAUCCACGUCAACGGCAAUUCCUAAAGAUAUCCUCACCCACUCGACAUUCCGCACCGAAAUCCAUCAUCUCAAGGCCGAUCUUAACUCAAUAAUCCAAACGGCCGUAGCGGCGGCUGCCGAGAGAAGUUUCCACACGAACCAGAACAGCUUCCCCAUGGCCUACGACCACCAGAACCAGCCGCCAUUCCACAGCCGCCAGGCGGCAAGACUUGCUUCGGAAAUCAUCCUUCCGGUACAGGCGGAAGCCGAGAAGCACAAGAAAAUCAGUACCGAACCGGAAUUGGACGACUUCAACACCCGAUUGGCCGAUCCGACCGUCCAGCAGAAAUACCUGGACUACUUCUCCAAGAUUGUCCACCCGAAGAGCUGCUCCGGCAACGGAGACAACGCCCUGUACACCGUCGUGGACUACCUGUUUACGCGUGAUUUCUGGAACAACUUCACGUGGACCGGAAUCAAUCGGGGUCAGAAGUCGUCCCGAGGCUUUCGAGAGUUCGCCAACGUGAUCCAUCUGCUGUUGAACAUCGUCCUGCUCGGGGACAGUGCGUACGACUCGCAGCGGUUGGAGCAGUUCUGCCGGACAAAGCUGUUCCGGUACAGCAAAUCGCGGGCUGCGGGAAAGCAGCUCCGCAAGUCAACAUGUCGUCCCGGACGGAAACGACCCCCGCUGGACGAUUCGAGGAGUUCCGAUGGCGGGGGCGACGCGGAACCAUCCAUGAGUGGCUCGGAGAUGGCGAACCAGGAUGUGGUUUGUAAGGUUGAGAGCUUUUCCGAGGAAAUGUGGCAGCAGUCGAGCAACGUCGCUCAGAAUCAGUAUUCGGAUGAAAUGAUGUGAGCAUGUGGUAGAAAGUUCGUAACGUAAAUUGAUGAGAAUAAAUGAAAGGACAUUA